GCAUUCUUUGAGAAGGCAGGCAAGAGGCUUGAGUCGCGGCCGCUUCUCAAAGCUGCGGUGUGCGAGCAGAGGCUGAUCGCGGCGGCCGAAUGGAUUAACGGCUCCCUGGGAUGAAGACCACCUCAGUAUCGUUUUGUUUAUCCUUUUUCUAAUGCUUGUGGACUCGUCAUCUUGAUAUUUUCAGAGUGCUGCUUUCCACGUUCAAAGCAGAAGGCUGUCAUUCUGAUGGGUGAUUUAUAACAAGACUACCUCAUUUGUUUUUUAAUUUACUUAUUUUUUAUUGUUCUUUCAGUUAAUUAUUUACUCAGUCACACUCUCUUUUAUUAUUUGCUUAAUAAUCUGUCCGCAAAGAAGGAUAUUAAACUCGCGGACAACCUUUUUUUUUUUUUUGAUUUGUGAUUAUUUCUGUCAAUCGAACCAGUGGGCAGGUGAAACUGAACAGAGCGGGAUAAACCAAUUUCACUUCAUCCUGACCGUUUUAUUAAGAGUUCUUGGAUUUAUUUAUACCUUUCUGCCAAGUCUUUCCCCAACGUGGUUUUGUGCUGCACGGAUAUCGCCGCAGAGGAUAACAACAAUGCCAUAUGUCCGGGAAAGGUGGGCGCCCUACCUGCGUCCUGCCCUUCUGUUGUGUUGGAUGUUUUACGGCGUGGUUGUAAUUGGAUGUCCAACAAAAUGCAGCUGCUCCGGACCCAACGUGGACUGCCACGGACAAGGAUUUAGGACUGUGCCCAAAGGUCUGCCGCGGAACUCCGAGAGACUAGACUUGGACAGAAACAAUAUAACUCGAAUUACGAAAGUAGACUUCACUGGUCUGAAGAACCUGCGAGUUUUGCAUCUGGAAGACAACCAAAUCAGCGUGAUUGAAAGAGGCGCAUUUCAGGAUCUGAAACAGCUGGAGAGACUCCGAUUGAACAGGAACAAGUUGCAAGUGCUCCCUGAGCUACUGUUUCAGUCUACACCUAAACUGGGUCGCUUGGAUCUGAGUGAAAACCAGAUUCAAGCCAUUCCUCGUAAGGCUUUCCGUGGAAUCACCAAUGUCAAAAACUUGCAACUGGACAACAACCACAUUAGCUGCAUUGAAGAUGGUGCCUUCCGAGCUCUGCGGGACCUCGAGAUUCUCACUCUCAACAACAACAACAUCACCCUCAUCCCUCUUUCCAGCUUUAACCACAUGCCAAAACUUCGGACAUUACGUCUGCACUCCAACAAUCUAUACUGUGACUGCCAUCUCUCCUGGCUUUCUGAUUGGCUGCGCCAGCGCCGUGGAAUUGCCCAGUUUACCCAAUGCAUGGGACCUGUUCACAUGAGAGGUCUGAAUGUGGCUGAUGUUCAGAAGAAGGAAUUUAUUUGUUCAGGUCCUCAGACCUCUGAACCUCAGACCUGCAGUGCACAGGCUUCCUCCUGUCCGCAAUCCUGCACGUGUAACAACAACAUUAUAGACUGUCGAGGCAAAGGGCUCACUGAGAUACCAGCAAACCUGCCUGAGGGGAUUGUGGAAAUCCGCCUAGAACAGAAUCUGAUCAAAACCAUUCCCCCAGGUGCCUUUUCACAGUAUAAGAAGCUGAAACGCAUAGAUUUAAGUAAAAAUCAGAUUGUGGAUAUUGCUGCGGAUGCAUUCCAUGGGCUGCGUUCCCUUGUUUCCUUGGUGCUUUAUGGGAACAAGAUUGCUGAUAUUCCUAAGGGCCUUUUUGAUGGACUUGUCUCACUCCAGUUGCUGCUUCUCAAUGCAAACAAAAUCAACUGCUUGCGUGUGAAUACGUUCCAGGACCUCCAGAAUCUCAAUCUGCUUUCUCUAUAUGACAAUAAGCUGCAAACCAUCAGUAAAGGGCUGUUUGCUCCACUGAGGGCCAUCCAAACACUACAUUUGGCACAAAAUCCUUUUGUGUGUGACUGCCACCUGAAAUGGUUAGCUGACUAUCUUGAAGACAACCCAAUUGAGACAAGUGGAGCACGUUGCAGCCACCCACGCCGUCUCGCCAACAAACGCAUCAGCCAGGUCAAGGGAAAGAAAUUUCGUUGCUCAGGAACAGAGGACUAUCGUACUCGACUGAGUGGUGACUGUUUCCAAGACCUGGUGUGCCCUGAUCGUUGCCGCUGCGAGGGUACCAUUAUAGACUGUUCCAACCAGAAACUGACCCGUAUUCCAGCUUAUCUCCCAGAUCACACUACUGACCUACGCUUGAAUGAUAAUGAAAUUGCCAUCUUGGAAGCCACAGGAAUCUUUAAGAAGCUCCCCAAUCUUCGUAAAAUUAACCUGAGUAACAACAAACUGAGGGAAAUACGUGAAGGAGCCUUUGAUGGUGCUGGAAAUGUGCAAGAGUUACUAUUGACUGGGAACCAACUGGAGAUGAUGCAUGGGCGCAUGUUCAAGGGACUGACGGGACUCAAAACACUGAUGUUGAGAAGCAACUUAAUCACAUGUGUGGACAACAACACCUUCACAGGUCUCAGCUCGGUGCGGCUACUGUCCCUUUAUGACAAUCACAUCUCCAGCAUCACUCCAGGAGCUUUUAGCACCCUCGUCUCUUUGUCCACGAUCAACCUGCUUUCUAAUCCAUAUGUGUGUGACUGCCAUCUGGCCUGGUUGGGAAAGUGGCUGAAAAAGAAACGAAUAGUGACUGGUAACCCCCGCUGCCAGAAGCCCGCUUUCCUGAAGGAAAUACCCAUUCAGGAUGUGGCUGAUCCUGACUUCAUCUGUGAUGGUAAUGAGGAGAGUAGCUGUCUUCCACCUCCACGCUGCCCUGAAGCAUGCACUUGUUCUGACACUGUGGUUCGUUGCAGCAACAGGGGCCUGCACUCUCUUCCAAAAGGCAUCCCUAAAGAUGUUACAGAAUUAUACAUUGAGGGAAAUGUCCUCACAUCUGUCCCAAAAGAGCUGUCCACGUUCAAGCACCUGUCCCUUAUUGACUUGAGCAACAACAGCAUCAGCUUUCUGCCUCCCAAUACCUUUAGCAAUAUGAGUCAUCUGUCUACUCUAAUUUUGAGCUACAAUAAGAUUAAGUGUAUUCCACUGCUUGCCUUCAAUGGCCUCAGAUCUCUGCGUCUACUUACUCUUCAUGGCAACGAUCUUUCAACUGUUCCAGAUGGAGCAUUCAACGACUUGACAUCUCUGUCCCAUCUAGCGUUGGGUGCCAACCCCUUGUACUGUGACUGUAAUCUACGCUGGCUGUCUGAAUGGGUCAAGGCUGGCUUUAAGGAGCCUGGGAUUGCUCGCUGUGCUGGGCCACCUGAUAUGGCAGACAGACUCCUACUCACCACCCCUCUGAACAAAUUUCAAUGCAAAGGCUCUGCUGAUGUUACUUUAAUGUCGAAAUGCAACCCCUGCCUUUCCAGCCCAUGUAGAAACAAUGGCACCUGUAACAGUGAUCCUUCAGGCUUAUAUCAUUGCACCUGCCCCUAUGGCUUUAAGGGACGCAACUGUGAAGCACCCCUCAACGCCUGCAUUGUCUCUCCAUGUGUUAAUGGAGGCACUUGCCACCUCUAUCCUGGAAACGAUGACCAGUUCAGCUGUGUCUGCCCGGAUGGCUUUGAAGGAGAGAGGUGUGAAACAAACCCGGAUGACUGUGAGGAUAAUGACUGUGAGAACAACUCCACUUGUGUUGAUGGUAUCAACAACUACACCUGUCUCUGUCCACCUAACUUCACUGGUGAACUGUGUGAAGAGGUAAUCGACCCCUGUGCUCCUGGAUUCAACCCCUGUCAGCACGACUCGAAAUGUGUAGCUCUUGGCAAGAGCAUCCACUGUGAAUGCCUUCCUGGUUAUGUUGGUGAGCACUGUGAACAAGACUUUGAUGACUGCCUUGAGAACAAAUGCCGGCAUGGUGGGCAGUGUGUGGAUGCUGUCAAUGGCUACACCUGCAUUUGCCCAGAUGGAUUCAGUGGACUCUUUUGUGAAAGCCCUCCUCCUAUGGUGCUUCUUCAGACCAGUCCAUGUGACCACUUUGACUGCCAAAAUGGAGCCCCAUGCCUCAUGGUGGCAGGAGAUCCAGUUUGUCGCUGCUUGCCUGGCUUCUCUGGGAACAGAUGUCAAAAGACUGUCACGGUCCACUUUCUCGGGAAGGAGUCCUAUGUAGAGCUGUCUGGAACAAAGAUUCGAAGCACGGCCAACAUUUCUUUUCAGGUGGCAACAAAGAAAGACAAUGGGGUUUUACUAUAUAAAGGAGACAGCGAUCCACUGGCUCUAGAGCUGUACCAGGGUCACAUCCGUCUCAUAUAUGACAUUGCCAACUAUCCUCCCACAACUGUCUACAGUGUGGAGUCGGUAAAUGAUGGCCUGUUACACUCAAUAGAGCUUUUGAUCCAGAAUCAGACAGUGAGCCUUACAGUAGAUAAGGGAUCUCCAAAGAAUCUGGGAAAACUCCAAAAACUGCCACCCGUCAGCUUUACUAGUCCUAUCUACAUUGGAGGAAUCCCUAGCACACUGACUGGAGCAGGAUUGCGUCAUGGCCAUGAUCGUAGUCCCCUGGGAUUUUUUGGCUGCAUUCACAAUGUCCGCAUUAAUGGCGAGUUGCAGGACCUAGGAGGUUCAUCACGCCGCACAGAUGGAAUUCUCCCAGGAUGCCACUCCUGUAGUGUCUGUGCUCAAGGCACUUGUCGCCAGAGAGAAGGUGUCGGAGUAACAUGCGACUGUCCCCCUGGUCGAAGUGGACCGCUUUGUGACCAGGAGAUCCAUGACCCCUGCCAGAGUAACAAGUGCAUGCAAGGUUUGUGUGUGGCAUCAGGCUCCUCCUAUAAAUGCCAGUGUGCAGAAGGCUAUUCUGGCCAUUACUGUGACAGGAAAGAGGAACCAGCAACCUGCAAGGGACGUAAAUGUGUACAUGGAGAGUGCAAAGUUUCAGAAAAUGGAGAGUUCGCCUGCCUUUGCAAACCCAACUACACCGGACCAGCCUGUGAUUCUGAGCUCCUUUGUCGAAGCGAAGUUAUUCGAGAGUUCAUCAAGAAGCAGCAAGCAUAUACAUCAUGCACCUCAACCAGCAAGAUUACGCGAGUGGAGUGCCGAGGGCCUUGCUCCGGGGGCUUCUGUUGUGCACCCAUCAAGAGCAAGAGACGGAAAAUAGCUUUUGAAUGCACAGAUGGUUCAUCCUUCAAUGAAGAAGUAGAAUGGCCAACAGAAUGUGGCUGUUCAAAGUGCCCGUUAUAAUAAUUGGCUGCCACUCAACAAGGACCUGCUGAAAUGGAAAUAAAUAUAUUGUAAAAUAAAACAAAUAGAACUUAUUUUUAUUACUGGAUUUUUUGUUUUAUUUUAUUUUAUUUUAGUUGUUAUACAUUGUGAUUUAAUUUUCUGAAUUACUUCCUCUGUUGAGUACUUUGGGUAUUCUGUACAUUUAUGUGUCAUAUCAGGCAUUAUUUUUACCAUGAGAGAUUAACAAUUGAAAAGUUAUAUCAAUUUAUGUACAAAUCUAUAUAAAUAUAUAUACUUAGACUAUUGAAUAUUUUGAUAAAAUAUAUUGCAUGACUUGAAUAACUGAUGAUCGUCUGACUACAAGUGGCAGUUUCUGAUCUUAAAGCCAUGUUUCCACUUUAUGACAUCUGCAGAAGAGGACUAUCUGCUUCUCAUCAGUAAAUACACUUUUCAGGGCUACAAAAGAAAAGAAAAAGACUAAAAGGACUUCUUGGUUAACUUGUUUUGCCAGCGUGAAGGAACAGUGAGCUUCUAUGUUCUGUCUUGACUUGAUAUCUUGGUUUGCAUUGACUUCCUGAUGCUCUUCUGCAAAUGCUGUUUGCCUCAAUUUGGGAUUUUUGGACGGUUCACUUGUUUUGCUUUAUUCAGUGAUUUAGUCUUCUUUUAAAUUUACUGCCAAAAAUCUAUUGAAAGUCAGUAUUGACGAAGACUAAGGCCUAAACUGGAUUUGUUCAUACCCACUCCAGACUCCAGUGGUGCGCAUAAUAAAGAAGAUUAUGGAGGAAUGAUCUUAUGUUCUUAAUGAGACUGUAGCCGAAUGGCCAAAUGGCAGAUGCACCUUCAGCUUUGGAUUCAAGUGAUCCUUGGGAGCCUGUGACUGAGGGCGGUAAAUAAACACACAAGACACGGGCAAAUGUAGGAAAGCAUCGUCCUCUAUUGUAUGCUAAUUCUCUUUAGCAAUUCUGAAAUCACAACCAAUCAAAGUAAGGAUAAAUAAAGGGUUCUAUUGUCCAAA